AUGUCGUCGACGACUGAUACGCGUUCUCGGAAACGCGAACUGAGGAAACUCAACCAAGAUAUUUGGGAAGGAAAAACUGGUGUAUUCGUCGUCAACCCCCCUCUGGAUACAUCAUUCAAGAAAAACACCGCCGUUAUCAAGAAAUUCCGUACAUCCCUUACACCGGACAACACUGCUUCGUUACUGAAAGACAUCGCCACGGUUUCAUUGGAAAAGUAUUUGCCGGAGGUCAUAUCUGCGGUCUCGGAGGGCCUCUUAAAGGUUAAAAUAGCGGAAAUAAGCACUGCGGUCGAAGUUGUUAGCGCCUUACAUCAACGUUUCGGAAAAGCCUUUACACCAUUCGUGGUCUGGAAUAUCGCGAAAGGUUUAAGCACGCCCGGUAAAGAACAACUGCGAAAUCUGCCAGCGGAUCAAAAGGAGAAGGAAGAGACAACUAGGCUAGCCCGGCAAAGACUACUUCUACGCGUAGCGACAGAGCUUUGGCUUGUAGGAGUUAUUCGAACUUUGGAUGAUGCAAUCAACCCUGACGAUAGUACACCGACGACGACGGGGGGGAGGUCCACCGACAACUCCAAGAAGCAAUCUGCUGCGACUAUAGCAAGGUCCGGAGAUGAUGAGCCGUUACCAUUGGAGGCAUUAAAGGACAUACUAUCCCGCGACCGUGAGGGUGUCAACCUGCCACUUGUAGUCCUUUUCGUUAAAACUUUCUCCUGGGAUGUUUUGGGCGUAAAAGUAAGGACAGGAGGCCGUAGGGCAGGAGGCGGCGAGGGCGGCGACGAUGCUGAGCCAGGGGAUGGAGAACACGUCAAUGGCAAUGGGGCCGUCGACGCGGCUGACCUGCCACUCGCCGAUCCUACAGUUCAAAUUAGGUUUCGUAACGUCUUAUCGACAUACUUUUCUGGUGUUAGCAAAUAUAUCCAUGGCGAACACCGCAGACUUCAACAACAAGCCAAGCGGAAUUCCGAGGCGUAUGUUCGUUCGGGAGAGGUUUUCGAGGAUCGACAACAGGCGUUUGAAAAAGCGACCAAAGCUCACGAAAAACUAGUCGCGAGUGCUCAAGUUGUAUCUGAGAUUCUAGGAUUAGAGAUGCCCGACCUUAGUGAUGAUGAUGAAGCCAAAGAAAGUGGUGAGGGAAUGAUUCGCGAAUCUGGGAGUAUGUUUAAGAAGGGCGAAGAGGCCUCUGGAAACGGAAUGUGGGAGGAUGACGAUCAACGCCGGCUCUAUGAGGACCUUAUCGACCUCCGUGCUCGCGUACCAUCUAUUCUAUUGGACGAGGGCCGGAAAGCAUCUACUAGUGACAAAAAGGAGGAGGAGACAUUGAAAACGGAAGUUGUCGAGACUGGCGAAGAAGAAUUGGCCGCUAAAGUGGGAGACCUGGAUCUUACUGAAUCUCUCGAAAGGGAUACAACUAUCGCCAAUAAAACAGUUGGCGCUCAGGUCGAUGCGCUCUUGAUUCGCCUUCCUGAGCUGACAAACCGUGAACUGAUCGACAAUUUCGCUUACGACUUCUGUUUCUUGAAUUCAAAGGCAUCACGUAACAGGCUUAUCAAAGUUCUUGAGGAUAUUCCAAGAGGCAGAUCUGAUCUCCUUCCGUACUACUCCAGGCUCAUAGCCUCUUUGUCAAAGGCCGGGCUUACCGACGUUUCUUCUGCGAUGGUUGUUUAUUUGGAUAAAGAAUUUAGAAGUCUCCAGAAACGCAAGGAAAAGGAACAAUUGACUGCUAUUCGGACACAAAAUGCAAAAUAUUUCUCAGAAAUGACUAAAUUCGGCCUCGUCCCCGAACAUGUCAUCUUUCACUGUUUCAAAGUUGCACUAGAAGACUUUUCCAAGAUGAACAUUGACAUUAUUUGCAUUCUCUUGGAGGGAUGCGGGCGAUAUUUACUUCGAAAUCCUGCAACUCAACCCCGCAUGAUUACUUUCCUCGAAACUCUUCAGCGGAAGAAAGAUGCCCACCACCUGAGCCCACAGGAUCGUAUUGCUAUCGAGAACGCCUUCUAUUACGUCAACCCACCAGAAAGGCCCUCUAUAGUAGCAAAAGAACGGUCCCCAUACGAACUUUACGUCCGCAAGCUAAUAUAUCUUGAUCUCAACAAGAAGAAUUUCAAUAGAACGAUCAAGUCCCUCCGUAAAUUGCAUUGGGAAGAUCCUAGCAUUGUCAAUAUGCUGGCUAAGGUGUGCACAAAAAUCUGGAAAGUUCGUUAUAGCAACGUAAGCUUGAUUGCUAUCGUUGUAUUCGGGUUGUUCCGAUACCACCAAGACUUUGGCAUUAGAGUCGUAGACGGCGUUCUUGAAAAUAUCAGAAUUGGCCUCGAGGAGAAUGAUUACAGAAUGAACCAGCGAAGAAUCGCUAGUAUUAGAUAUCUCGGAGAUUUAUACAAUUAUAGCAUGAUCGAUAGUCCGGUCAUUUUUGAUACUUUAUAUUUGAUUCUGAGUUUCGGAUAUGCUGGAACUCCACAGCCUGGUAUGUAUAAUCACCUUGAUCCUCCGGAUAAUCACUUUCGUAUUCGUCUCGUUUGUACUCUCCUCGAUACGUGUGGACACUGUUUCGACAGGGGGUCUUCAAAGAAGAAGCUGGACUUCUUUCUCGCCUUUUUCCAGUACUAUAUCCACCUGAAAGAGCGCACUCCGAUGGACAUUGAGUUUAUGAUUCAAGAUACGUUCCAACUUGUCCGGCCGAAUUGGAUUCUUCACACAUCACUCGAAGAAGCCGGGAAGGCUUUUCAAGAGGCCACAGCUAAAAUCUAUGGCCCUGCUGAAGCUGCCGACGAUGAUUCUAGUUCGAAUGAGGACGCAGCUGGUAGCGAUGGCGAAGAUGUCCGCCUCAAACUUUUGGGCGAAGAUAUGGAUAUAGAAGCAGGCGUCAAUGAAGACGAGGAUUCUGAUAGCGCAGAUGAAUCAUCCGAAUCUGGGGAUAUGGACGAAGGUCUUGUUUAUUCACGGCCUCAAGAAUACAGAGACCCGGAAGCAGAAGCCGAUUUCGACAGGGAGUUUGCGAAACUUAUGGCUGAGAGUUUGGAGAGCCGUAAAUUUGAGAGAAAAACUGUCUUCGAUGUUCCUUUACCCAUCAAGAAAAGUAUUGUGGUUCCGACUGCGCCCCCUACGGGUGUUAUUACUAUGAGCAUGCUAGAAGAAGAGGACGAAGAAGUUCCGCUACCACCCCAACAACCAGGAAUCAUGAAGUUCUCAUUACUCACGAAGAGAGGCAACAAGCAACAGACCCGUGAUAUCGAGCUGCCGUCAGACUCUACUUUCGCCGUAGCCAUGAAGAGUAAGCAGGAGCAAGAGCGUGAGGAGCGUCAACGUAUCAAAGAUCGCGUUCUCCAUUACGAGCGUAUGGAGGAAGAUACUGCACCCCCUGAGCCUCAACGAUUGAACAAUCUCAGCGGUGCGAAUAUCAAGUACGGCGCGAACGUAAAAUACGGUGAUAAAGGCGGGGUUUCGCGUGGAAAGAGACUUCAGCUCGGAGACUUUAAUUGGUACGGCUCGAACCCAAAUCACCCACGCAAAGCCGGCAAUCCACUCUUAAUUGUCGGGAAAUCCCCCAACAUUUUGCGAGACCACUCCAAUUCCUCCCCAUUGUGUAAAUUGGACCAGACGCCUGCAGUUUCUCUCUUAACCGCCAAGCCUUCAGUUCAACAGACGAGGGAUAAUGGGAAAGAGCAACUUCAAAUUAACGUCAGCGCCCAGAACUGUCAGGGGCCUUUGCAAAAGGAUAUUGUUCCCGCUCGACUUUGCCGUGAGAAGAAUGAGGAUUUCUACCCCCUCAACGGGAACAAGUCCACUAUCACCAAAUGUCAGGGUCGACUACAACACACACAUGCUCCACCACAGCAAUAUGGUAAUACAAGGGGCAAGGGCUUCGCGCAGCCGCAUCAAAAUCCUUAUCCCCGUGGAAAUUCUCGAGGUCGAGGUGGAAACCAUAGUUACAACCAGCUGACUUCUCAUCGUGGCCGUGGUGGCGGCUUUAAUCGCGACAAUUACACAGGACGUAACUCAACCUUUCGAGGCCGCGGGAACGGUGAUUUUUCACAUCGACAGCCUCCUCACAAACGUCUUGGGAUCACUGGCGGGAACAAGAGUGGAGGUCAUAACCCAAUCGAACGUGGUGUUGGGAUUGUAGCAGCACGAGCUGUGACAGUUUCAACCACAAAGGUGAAUCUAUCGCCCCCACCGCCGAUUUCCGAAUCUCAAUGGCCAGAGCUUGGGAAGAAUUAG